UAGACGUACAGUUCUAUUAUCGCAAGUCGCUUGAAGAGGCGUUACAACGUCACUUUCCUAAGAUGGAUAUUGUAAGAGCUACUAAAGAUCCACACUCUUUUGCAUUACCAGAUAAGGCACGAAUAACCCAUAUUCAUUUAGAAUUGACUGUGGAUUUUAAUCGAAGAGUUCUUAAAGGAAAAGUGAUUUUGACUAUAAUAAGGCAACCUUCAACUAAUCAGAUAUUUUUAGAUAACAUCGGACUUGUUAUAUCACGUAUCACAAACGUGCUUGAUGGAACACCUUUACAUCAUCAUAUUGCAUUUAAUCCUGCUUUUGGAAUUUCAUUUUGUGUAGACUUACCACCAUCAACUAUCGACACUAUUUAUAAUCCUGAAUGUAAAAUUCAAAUUGAAUAUGAAACAAAUCCAUACUCAUCUGCAUUAUAUUGGCUAACACCUGCGCAAACUGCCGAUGGUAAACAUCCUUUUUUAUUGUCUAACAACAAGUUAACGUACGCUAGAACAUGGUUUCCUUGCCAGGACACUCCGUCUGUCAAAUUUACGUACUCUGCUAAGAUUUCGGUACCAAAAAAUUUUAGAGUUUUAAUGUCCGCACUUUUGCAUAAUAUAGACCGCGAAGAUCCGCAACUAGACAAAUAUGAAUUCCGUCAAAAUUUACCUGUACCAUCUUAUGCUGUGAUCAUUGCUGUGGGAUCAUUAUGGACAAAAAAACUUAAUGAAACAAUGAAUAUAUUUGCCGAAGAAAACAUUUUUAAGACCACCAAUUAUAUCAAUAUUUUUCGUUGCACUACAAUUGUAAAGAUGUUGCAAAUUGCCGAAAGAUUGUGUGGAUCUUAUGUGUGGGGUAGAUACGAUAUAUGCGUGCUUCCACCAAGUAUCGCCCAUUUCGAAAUAGAAUGUCCAUGCGUGACAUUUAUUUCGCCGACUCUACUUGGAGGAGAUCGUUCUUACGUCAGUUAUUCGCUAGCUCGGAACAUCUCACAGAGCUGGGCAGGAAAUUUAGUUACAUGUUGCAAUUAUGAGCAUCUGCGGUUAAAUAAGAGUUUCAGCAUUUUUAUUUCCAGAAAAAUUAAACGCAGAGUUUUCUCGGUUUUGUAUCAUAAAGAGAUACAAGCUUUUCUUCAAAGGGAGGGAUUAAAAAACCUGAAUGGUUUGGUUCAAGAACCCAAAAAUGUCGGCUGGCUAAGAUGCUUAUUACCCAAUUUGGAAUGUUUGUCACCUGACAUAGCCACUAAAUACGUGCCUUACGAAAGGGGAUAUUUUCUCUUAUGUCAUCUAGAGAAUAUAUUAGGAGGACCCACAUUAUUCGAACCGUUUCUUCAAUCUUAUUUUAUUGAUUUUGCACACCAAAGCAUCAACACUACAGAUUUUUUAAACUACUUGCGUCAAAGAUUUCCUGACAAAAUGUUAGAUCUUGUUGAAUGGCGCUUGUGGUUCAAUGACAUUUUUUCUACAUCCAUCAUACCGGAAUUGCCGGAAAUGUCUUUAUGGGAAAGAAGGUGUUCCAGGUUUGCGGAAAAAUGGGUCAGUUUGGAUGUCCGUAAUAUACCUCCUACAACAGCAGGCGUGAAGAACCUCUGUGACAUUGAGAAAAUAAUAUUAUUAAACACCCUAGAUUAUUUUCAUAGAAAUCUGUCCAUAGAAAAACUGAAUUGUAUUUACAAUCGUUUCUUUCAGAAUAUCAAAAAUGAAAAAAUACGGUUUUUUUGGUUGCUAUUGUGCAUUAAAGUUCGAUGGGCUGACAUAGUUACACUAGCUUUGAACUUUGCUACUGAACAUUGUUCGCCAAAUUAUGCAUGUCCUAUAUUUCAAUCUUUGUACAAAUGCCACGAAUGGCCAGUUGUGCGUAAACAAAUGAUGGAAAAGUAUAAUCAAAAUAAAGAAAAGAUGUUGAAUGAAACCCAGGAGGAAAUAGACAAAAUUCUAUACCCAAAUUGA